CCACGACACAGGUGUAUCCCGACACGGCAGAAAGUGCGUCACUAUCGACGCCCUUUAAAAGGGAGUGCGACUGAGGCAGACAGCACUUCAGUCCUUUGGAGCAUCAAGGAUCAGCAUGGCACGAGUCCUGCUUCUCGCCCUCUCUGUGGCCCUCUUGGCCAUAGCAAUUGAGGCACACCAUCACGGCCAUCCUCACGGAAAGGGACCUCAGGGAGAAGGACCUCAGGAGCAUCCUCAGGGCCAUUCUCAUGGACAAGAACCUCAGGGCCAUCCUCACGGACCAGCUCCUAAAGGCCUCCACCACGGACCAGCUCCUAAAGGCCUCAACCAGGGACCAGCUCCCCGAGAACACCAGCACAAGGCGGGUCCUCUGGCGCACCCAGACGGCGCUGCUCACCCAGCCGGUAGGGGUGCCCGUUCUCUUCCUCAUGGACCAGCUCCUCAGGGCCUCGAUCACGUAAAGGCACCUCACGGCCAUCCUCACGGAAAGGGACCUCAGAGCCAUCCUCAUGGAGAAGGACCUCAGGAGCAUCCUCAGGGCCAUCCUCAUGGACAAGAACCUCAGGGCCAUCCUCACGGGCCAGCUCCUAAGGGCCUCCACCACGGACCAGCUCCUAAAGGCCUCAACCAGGGACCAGCUCCACCUGAACACCAGCACAAGGCGGGUCCUCUGGCGCACCCAAACGGCGCUGCUCACUUAGCCGCUAGGGCUCCCCGUUCUCUUCCUCAUGGACCAGCUCCUCAAGGCCUCCCUCAGGGCCUCCACCAUGGACCAGCUCCCGAGGGCCUCCAUAACGGACCAGCUCCUCAUGGCCUCCUCCAGGGCCUCCACCACGGACCAGCUCCUCAGGGCCUCCCACAGGGCCUCCAUAACGGACCAGCUAAGGGCCUUCACCACGGACCAUCCUCUCAUGGUCUCCCACAGGGCCUCCACCACGGACCAGCUCCUAAGGGCCUCCAUUACGGACCAGCUCCUCAUGGCCUCCCCCAGGGCCUCCACCACCGACCAGCUCCUCAGGGCCUCCCACAGGGCCUCCAUAACGGACCAGCUCCUAAGGGCCUUCACCACGGACCAUCCUCUCAUGGUCUCCUACAGGGCCUCCACCACGGACCAGCUCCUAAGGGCCUCCAUAACGGACCAGCUCCUCAGGGCCUCCACCACGGACCAGCUCCUCAGGGCCUCCACCACGGACCAGCUCCUCAGGGCCUCCCACAGGGCCUCCACCACGCGCCAGCUCCUCAGGGCCUCUCUCAGGCACCAGCUCCAAAUGGUCACCAUCACGAGCAUCAUCAUGAGCAUCAUAAUUAAACAGCUACUUAAAUUCUUAAAGUCGUUGGUAGGAUCACCUGCCUAUAGAAAGACUUGUGCACAAUGAAAUAAAAUUUUACUAUUGUAUGGUA